AUUCCGUUAACAUUUUUCAUCUCUCUCACUCUCUCCGGUGACAUGGUUUCCGGCGAUAAUCGCCGAUUCAAACUAUAAAUGUAACUACCAAUAAUUCUUUACUCUUAACCGUUUCAGAUUCCGUUAUUUCACUUUUCCGGUCACCGGAAAAUUUCUCCGGCGAACUUCAGAGAUUGAAGAAUCUUCUAACUAAUAAUAGUAGAUUAAUAAUAUCUCAGAAGAUUAAGAAGCAUCAUGUUAGAUCUUAAUCUCGAUUCAACUCAGAACGAUGACUCGAUCAUGAUGAUGGAAAAACUUCCAGAAGCUUCUUCAGGAACUUCGAAUUCAUCAAUCGUGAAUGCGGAGGGGUCAAGUAACGUUACCGGAGAUGAAGACUCGUGUUCAACACGCGCCGGUGAUGGUUUUACUUUUAACUUCGGUAUAUUGAAGGUUGAAGGAGGAAACGAAGUUGUUGCAACGAAGGAGUUGUUUCCGGUGAGUUCGGGGAAUUGGUCGGGGGAGUGUUCGACGAUGAUGAUUCCGGCGAAGAAGAGUAUGAUGGAUCUCUCGAUGGAUCAUAACCGUGGAGUUCAAAAUGGAGUUGUUCAGGUUCAAGUUCAACAACGACCUCAGGUGAAGAAGAGUAGAAGAGGACCAAGGUCUCGAAGCUCUCAGUACAGAGGAGUUACGUUCUACAGAAGAACUGGAAGAUGGGAAUCGCAUAUCUGGGAUUGUGGGAAGCAAGUUUAUUUGGGUGGAUUUGACACUGCACAUGCUGCUGCUAGAGCUUAUGAUCGAGCUGCUAUAAAGUUUAGGGGACUUGAUGCUGACAUUAAUUUCAAUCUAGUUGAGUAUGAGGAAGAUAUGAAUCAGAUGAAGAAUCUUUCAAAGGAGGAAUUUGUGCAUAUACUACGUCGCCACAGUAAUGGUUUCUCAAGGGGGAGUUCAAAAUACAGAGGAGUAACACUUCACAAAUGUGGUCGUUGGGAAGCUCGAAUGGGACAACUUCUUGGCAAAAAGUAUAUAUAUCUUGGGCUAUUCGACAGCGAAGUAGAAGCUGCAAGGGCUUAUGACAAAGCAGCUCUAAAAUGCAAUGGAAGAGAGGCAGUGACUAACUUUGAGCCAAGUACAUAUGAAAACGAGCUGAAACCAGUAGCUAUUAAUGAAGGUGGCAGUCACAAUCUUGACCUUAAUUUAGGCAUGGCAACUCCAGGACAUGAACCUAAAGAAAACAGAGGGUAUCGUCAAUUUCAGGCAGUCCCUUGCAACCUGCAUCCUGGAAGGAAUUUAAAGAUGGAGACCAAUGUGAAUUCAGUUAUUGGUGACCCGUCUUUGAAAAAGUUGGUUGUAACUGAACAGCGUCCUUCCAUGUGGAAUGCCACGUUUUCUAGUUUCUUUCCCAAUGAGCAGGAAAGAGCAGAGAGAAUUGGCAUUGACCCUUUAAAAGGACUCCCAAACUGGGCAUGGCAAGGGCAUAAUAGUCAGGGCACUGCUUCCCCAGUACCACAAUUCUCUACUGCAGCAUCAUCAGGAUUCUCAAUUUCAGCUACCUUUCCACCAAAUGCCAUCUUUCAAACACAAUCUAUGAACUCAAUUCCACAGACACUCUGUUUCUCUCCAUCCAUGGCACCUGGUACCAAUGCAUCUCCAUACUAUUACCAGGUGAAGUCCUCUCAGGCACCACCACCAUAGCCUAAUAUAUUUUGUAAUAAUAAUAAUACAGAUAUAUGAGUGGCAAUUAAUACGUACGCAACAAGCGUUUGCGUUAAAACUCAAUUGUAUAAUUUGGUUAGGAAUUUGAUGUAUACUGAGAUAUGACAUUUUAAUUGCUUAUCUUGGUUAAACCAUUAAUCACUCACGCACGAACAUUGUGUAUCAAGGAUAAAGCUGGAGUAUAUUUUGUUUAUCUUCA